AUGAGAAGCGGAAGCUACAAGGGGAAAGACUUUCAUGCUUAUAUGUUCGGUAAUGGAGGUGUGUUUCAAUCUGCAACAAGUGGUUAUAUGUCUCCAGAAUACGCUGUGGAUGGACUUUUCUCAGUCAAAUUGGAUGUUUUCAGUUUUGGAGUUUUGGUACUUGAAAUUGUGAUCGGAAAGAGGAACAGGGGUUUCUCUCACCCUGAUCACAGCCUCAACCUCUUGGCCAUGUGA